CGUAUGGGAGCUAACUUGACUUGUGCAAUGGGAAAGGUCGGAGCUUGAACUAUUUGUAUCGAUCCAAUUCAGCGAUCCACCCUCCUGCUGCUUCUUCUUCUUCUCCUUUCGUCGAAGUGAUCACAAACCCUUCAGGGAAAAAUGAGUUAUAUGGAUUCAAAGAUGUCCCAGCAUGGCCUAAUUGGGUCUGAAUCUGAUUCACAGAGAACCCUAUACCCAUAUGUGACCGGUACAUCAGUGGUGGCUUUGAAGUACAAAGAUGGGAUUCUGAUGGCUGCUGAUAUGGGGGGUUCCUAUGGUUCCACUCUGCGGUACAAGACUGUUGAACGAAUGAAGCCCAUUGGCAAGCAUUCCCUUCUCGGUGCUAGUGGAGAAAUAAGUGAUUUUCAGGAGAUUUUGCGUUAUCUUGAUGAGCUUAUCUUGUAUGACAAUAUGUGGGAUGAUGGCAACUCUUUUGGGCCUAAAGAGGUGCACAACUACUUGACUCGGGUGAUGUACAACAGACGUAACAAGUUCAAUCCACUAUGGAACUCCCUAGUACUUGGUGGGGUAAAAAAUGGACAGAAGUAUCUUGGAAUGGUCAGUAUGAUUGGGGUAAACUUUGAGGACAAUCAUGUUGCAACUGGCUUCGGAAAUCACCUUGCACGUCCAAUACUUCGUGACGAGUGGCAUGAGAACUUGAGUUUUGAAGACGGUGUCAAACUACUGGAGAAGUGCAUGCGUGUGCUUCUCUAUCGUGAUAGAUCAGCUGUCAAUAAGCUUCAGAUUGCAAAGAUCACAGAAGAAGGUGUGACAAUUUCCCCACCAUAUUCCUUGAAGACCUUCUGGGGGUUCUCAGCAUUCCACAAUCCAACGGUCGGUGCUGAAGGAUCAUGGUAGCCGUAUAGCAAACCAGUGGGUUGAAUUUCCUUACCUGGUGUUGAAAGGAGUUAGUCAACCAACCAGUAGCUAAAACCAUUGGAUUGUUGUUUUAGAUAACAAAUCGAAACCUUUGAUGCAUCUUUAUGUUUUAUGAACUAAUCAAGCCUGAGGUUGAUUGAUUAUCUCUGUUUAUGGCGGGUCUAACUCUAAGUUCACCAAUUUAUCUUUCUCAUUUCUGUGUUGCACUAAAUUUUUACAUCUGGUAUGCAUUGUGUAGAUUUAGCACAUUUUAGGCAGUCUCUGGAUGAUUAGACAUGAUUCUAUAUUUCCAUGUGGUCUUUGAAAUAUUCGUUUUAGUGGGCAAAUUUAUUUCAUAUUAUCAAAUGUACCUUGAGGACUGAUUUGCAAACCGCCCCAAAGUAAGCGGCCUUUUUCUCUUUUUGCCUCUUAAACUGUAUGAAUUGUGUUUCUAUUUUGGCCAUUAAACUGUAUGAAAAAAU